AUGCAGACCCUGUGGGCGAUGCUGAUCUGUCUGGCUGGAGGGCAGCUUGCAAGUUCCACGCUCUGCAACACCUAUGGCAGCAUCCCAGGCAUCCCAGGGUCACCAGGACGGCCUGGAAGCAAUGGCAGAGAUGGGGAGACUGGCCUAAAGGGCGAGCGAGGUCCCCCUGGCCAGGUGGAUCACGAAGGAGACAUGGGGGAGAAGGGAGACCCAGGAGUACCAGGGCACCCUGGGAAGAUUGGCCCCAAGGGCCCCCCCGGUUCAAAGGGAUUACCAGGUCCCAUGGGAAGCCCUGGUCUUCAAGGGGAUGCUGGUGACUACAAGGCCACCCUCAAGUCCGCCUUCUCUGCUGCCAGGACCAUCAGCUCCUACCCACGCCGGGAGCAGCCCAUCCGCUUUGACCGCAUCAUCACCAACGAGAGGGGCCACUAUGAGAACCGGUACGGCCGCUUCCUCUGCCGCAUCCCUGGCAUCUACUACUUCACCUACCACGUCACCUCCAGGGGCAACCUGUGCCUCAACGUGAAAAAGGGCCGGGGUGGCAGCAGGGGUGAGAAGGUGGUGACCUUCUGCGACUAUGUGCAGGGCAGCUACCAGGUCACCACGGGUGGUGUGGUCCUCAAGUUGGCAGCCAACGAGUCCAUCUGGCUGGAGCCAACAGAGAAGAACUCCCUGGUGGGGGUAGAGGGGUCCGACAGCAUCUUCUCUGGCUUCCUCAUCUUCCCCGAUGCUUAG